AGAAAAAUGGCUGUGUUUGGUUUAUGGGUUAGAUUCUGACAUUACCUUUGUGGUUAUUUUGUGUGGAAUUUCCUCAGUUCCCAAAUUUGACUGGUUGACUCUGCGGUCAGAAACCCUCUGCCUCUGACUCAGGGAUCUCAGCCAAGAGUUACAAAUGUAGUGAGUUGUUAAAAACUGGUAGCAGUUGGGUCGAGCUUAGCUGUGGAGAUCAAAUUGGGUCAGGGUGAAUGCCCUCUGGAAAGUGGACACCUUGGCCUUCAGUCAGUGGCCUGACUCUGGGACUGAGUGGGAACCAGAAGUAUCUCUUCAUUUCUGGGACAUAUUCCUUAGCCUUGAGCCAUCUGCCCUGACAGCUGAGUGCCGACCAAUUACAAUGUAACAAGUCAGUUGUUCCCUUCCUGUGUACCAUCUCCCCAUUUCCCACUUCUGCGUCUGUACCUCCCUUGCUCUCUCCCUCCUCUGUUCUGAGCAGAACUCUUGGGUCUGGUCUGUUAAAGCAAUGGGUAUGACUUGAGAUCUUGCUCUCUGAUUCUCAAUAUAAAUUGAAUUGCCUGUUUCCUCCUCCCCUCCGGACUUAAAGUUCCUCUCCCCUCCAUCUUCUUUUUCCCUUUGUUCCUCUUUCCUCUUUGGUUCUGGGUUGAAAUGCAAAGGUUCCUGAACGAUGGGCUAGUGCUCGCCACUGAGCUGUGCCUCAAAGCCUUCCUGCGUUUCUUUUGAGUUGUCUCUCUUGCUAUUGAACAAUGUCUGUAAUUGCCCUUGGUGCUUUGCCUGGGUUCAUGAUCACAGGCUCAUGUUCUCUGUUCUAGUUAAAUACAUCUCUCUCUUUUUUUUCCUAACAAAAUAUAACAAAACAAAAACCAUCAUAUGGAAGUUGGACAAGACAAACGAAAGGAAAAAUAAGAGCCCCAAGAGCAGGCACAAGAGUCAGAGAUCCAUUUGUUCACACAUUCAGGAGUCCUGUUAACACUGCACUGAAAGCUAUAGUGUCUAUGCAGGGGACUUGGUGCAGACCCGUGAAGGCCUGUGCUUGCUGCUUCAGUUCACAGGAGCUCUGCUCCACUCCUUCUGCCGCCUCUUCUAUGGGGCUCCCUGAGCUCUGAGGGGAGAGAUUUGAUGGAGACAUCUCAUUUAAAGCUGUGUGUUCCAAGGUCUCUCCCUGUGUAUCGUGUCCAUCUCUUGGUCUCUUGUUUCUGUUCCCAUCUGCUGCAGGGGGAAGCCUCUGAUGAUGGCUGAGUAAGGUAGCAGUCUAUGAGUGUAGCAGAGUAUUGUUAGGAGUCAUUUCAUCCUGCCCCUCAAAUGCCCUUCAGUUAUAGUUGCUUCCCCUCCUACCCCCUCCCCCCGCUCCCACCCUAUUCCCUCCCUGAAUCCCAUCUCCCCUCCCCUUUCCCACCUGACCCUCCCAGUCUCAUUCUCCUGCCCUGCAUGCGUUCUACCCAUAAAAUAUUUUCUUCUCCCAGGGAGAUCCAUUUGUCAUCUCCCCUACCCUAGUCCCCUUCUCUAUGCCUAUCUUCUCUGGGUCUAUGGUUUAUAGCUUGGCUAUAAUUUAUUUCUCAACUAAUAUCCAUAUCUAACUACAUAUAUACCAUAUUUAUCUUUCUGAGUCUGGGUUACCUUACUCAGGAUUUUUUUCUAGUUCCAUUCAUUUGCCUGUAUAUUUGAUGAUAUCAUUUUUAUUAAACAACCAAGUAAUGUCCCAUUGUGCAAAUGUACCACAGUUUACCCUUCCAUUGAGGGACACAUAGGUCGUUUCUAAUUUCUGACUAUUAUGCAUGGAGCAGCAAUGAACAUGGCUGGUUAAGGUCUCUGUGGCAGGAUAAAGCUUCCUUUGGGUGUUUCCCAAGAAUGGUAUAGCUGGAUCUUGAGGUAUAUUAAUUCCCAUUUUUGUGAGGAGCUGCCAUACUGAUUUCCACAGUGGCUGUAAAAGUGUACACUCUCACCAGCCAUGGAGGAGUGUUCCCCGUGCUCCACAUUCUCACCAGCAUUAACUGUCAUUUAAUAUAUAUCUCUUAUAUAACUUAGUUUUGAAGGGUUGGGGAAUGACAUAGCUGUUAAAUAUUGCAUACCUUGGACCUAAGUUUGACCCUUAGAAUCCACAUUCUUCUUAAAAAAAAAAAAAAAAAAAAAAAAGGCAAGCAUGAUGACUGCCAUACACUUAAAAUCCCAGUGUUGGGGAAGUGGAAACAGGUUCUUGGGCUUGCCGCCCAGUCAGCCUACUUGGUGGUGUCCAGGUCAGUGAGAAAACCUGUUUCAACAACAGAAGAGGAUGGGAUCUGAGGAAUGACACCCAAAGUUGUCCUCUGGCCUCCAUAGGCAUGCAUGCGCACCAUGGAACCUCGCAGCCAGUACAUAGCCAUGCACUAAGCACACACCCACACCAUCAGCAUGCACCCACACACUAACUGGAAGGAUAGUAUGACGGCAUCCCUUCACCCAGACUGAGACUAUUGCCCUGGUGUGCUUUGUGUUUACUGAGCCAUUUGAGAACAAAUCAUAGACCUCAGGUCUCUUUAUCUUUGAAAGUACUAAGGUAUGUAUGUUUCUUAUGCAGUACUUGAUUCUUAAGACCAGAAAACAAAUGCAGUCUAUAGUUAUGUAGAGCCCAUAUUCCAGUUUCACCUACUGUUGGGCCCUAGAAUAUUUCUACUUUUCCAGUCUGUCAUCCAAUGCAAAAAUCAUAUAUUGCUUCCAGUUGAAAGUUCCUUGAACCAUCUUCAAGCUACACCACUUCCUCAGCUGCUUUGUUUUACAUGAUAGACCUUGUGUGCUCGCUCUGUGUGUGUGUGUGUGUUUCUGUGGUAUGCAUGCAUAUGUAUGCUUGUUAUGUGUGAGUGUGGAUGUGCACACCUGUGAAGGCUGAAGAUUCAUGUUAAAUUAUCUUCUAUCUCUACUUUAGGUUUUCAGACAGGGCAUCUGUCUUGGCUAGGGUUUUACUGCUGUGAACAGACACCAUGACCAAGGGAGCUUAUAAAGAACAUUUAAUUGGGGCUGGCUUACAGGUUCAGAGGUUCAGACCAUUACCAUCAAGGUGGGAACAUGGCAGCAUCCAGGUAGGGAUGAGGCUGGAGCAGCUGAGAGUUCCACCUCUUGUCCUGAAGGCAGCUAAAAGACUGGCUUCCAGGCAGCUAGGAUGAGGGUCUUAAGGCCCAUGCCCACAGUGAUGCACGUACUCCAAGAAGGCCACACCUCCUAAUAGUGCCACUGCCUGGGCCAAGCAUAAUCAAACCCUCAUAGUCUCUCACUAAACCUGAGGUCUCUGUUUCAGCUAGCCUAACUGGCUAGUGAGCCCCGGGAUCCUCUUGUCUCUACUGACCUCUCCCUGCCUGGCUCUGGCGUUAACUUUGCGUGUUUCAAUGUCAGUCAUUUACAUGGGUGUUGGGUAUCUGAACUCAAGUAAGUCCUCAGUCUUGGACAGCAUGACUUGACCCAGUGAGCCAUUUCCCUCCUGUGUUUUGCUUUUCGUAGGUUUCCUGCAUAGAUCAGGCUGUCCUGGAGCUGGCUGUGUUGCUCAUGCUUGCUUUACAAAGCCUUCUGCUUCAGCCUUGUAAGUGCUAGAGUUACAGGUAUGUGCUGCUAGCAUUCAGCAGGCCAUCGACGUGAGUAUAGCCAGUUGUAUUCUGCAGUCUGGGUUUGUGUUUUUUCCUCAUGGCGUGAUUUAUACAUGGCUUUAUUAUCGCAUCACGACAUGCCAUCUACUUCUGUCAUUAUUGAUGGAUGCUAUUUAUUUUUGAGACAUUAUCUCAUGUAUGUGUGAUGGCAUCAGAUGUAACCAAAGGUCAUGAGGCCAUGAGAGGCACUGAGCCAUAACUCCAGCCAUCAAUAAAUGAAAGAGAGAGAGAAAAAAUUGAGGCUGGGUCCCUCUGUUGUAGCCCUGGCUGUCCUGGGACUCUGUAGACCAGGCUGACCUUGAACUUACAGAGAUCAGCCUGCCUCCGCUUCCUGACUGCUAGAAUUAAAGGCAUGCAAAACCAUGCCCAACAAUUCAAAACAAAACAAAGUGAAAAAUGUGAAGGCACUGAAGUCAUUUGAAGUUUGAAGAAUAAGUAUACAUAUACAUUCUGACUUCAUACAAGUCACAUGUGGACUUUUUUUUUUUUUUUUUAGAAGUUUUGUUUCUUGGCGGCAGUCUCCAAUCUCUGUUAACCUUUGACACCUGGGAAUCCAGAUUGACUUCCUAACAUAGGAGUAUGCCCCUGUCCCCAAAAGGGGCCCAAACUUCAGAAUCUCCAUUUCGACAAGGUCCGCUUGUCUGGGGGGAAAACCCUACUCUACUCAGAAUCUGUAGAAUAUUCUGUUACAUUUAGGCAAAAAGGGCCUGCCCUGGGCCCAGAACUUUAGGGCAAUCCUUCCUACCUUGUCUUCUCUGGCUGUGUCCUACUUAACUAAUGGAAGAUUCCAGAGGCUAAGGAGAUGUGGCCACCCAGAGUCAACCCCCUAUUCCGUUCUCUGAGCACUAAGACUCAGUACUACUGCCCAAGGCAAAGGGGCAUUUUUAAAUCUUAAUGAUUGCUAUGACCUUUUUUUUUUUUUUUCAAUUAAAAAUUAGAUUGUGGGUGUGGUGGUACACAUACGUAGUUCCAACACUUGGGAGGUGUUGGGAGCCGCCCCCACAUUCGCCGUUACAAGAUGGCGCUGACAUCCUGUGUUCUAAGUGGUAAACAAAUAAUCUGCGCAUGUGCCAAGGGUAUCUUAUGACUACUUGUGCUCUGCCUUCCCCGUGACGUCAACUCGGCCGAUGGGCUGCAGCCAAUCAGGGAGUGACACGUCCGAGGCGAAGGAGAAUGCUCCUUAAGAGGGACGGGGUUUCGUUUUCUCUCUCUCUUGCUCUUGCUUCUCUCUCUUGCUUCUUGCUCUCUUGCUUCUUGCUCUCUUGCUUCUUGCUCUCUUGCUUCCUGCACCCUGGCUCCUGAAGAUGUAAGAAAUAAAGCUUUGCCGCAGAAGAUUCUGGUCUGUGGUGUUCUUCCUGGCCGGUCGUGAGAACGCGUCUAAUAACAGGGAGGUGGAAGGGAAGAGUAUCAAGUCAUACAUGGCCAUCCUUGGCUAUUUAUAUAGGAAGUUCAAAUCACCUGGGCUCCAUGAGACCUUGUAUUAAAAAACAAAACCAUGGCUGGAGAGUUAAGAGCACCGACUACUCUUCUAGAGAUCCCGAGUUCAAUUCCCAGGACCACAUUGGUGCUCACAGCCGUCUAUAUAAUGGGAUCCGAUGCUCUCUUCUGGUGUGUUUGAAGAGAGCGACAGUGUACUCAUACAAACAAUAAAUAAAAUUUAAAAAACAAAACUAAAGCCUAGAUCUAAUGGGUCCACUCCUGUUACUGGCAGCUCCUAGAAAGGCCCUGCAUUUGCUUUUAGCCUUUGGUAGGCAGAACCAGGACACUCCUUAUCCUUGAUCACCAACUCAAGGGAUCACCAGUGUGCACUGUGUGGCUCCACAGAGCAGGAAGAUGAGCGAGUGGAAGUAGAAAUCAAAGCCCAGCCAGCUUUGGACCUCCAAACAGGAAAAGGUUGGAAAUGAGAAGCAGGCCUUGGGUGAGUCUGGCAACCGUGCUGCUUAGGCGUGAGACGAAGCCCAGCAAAGUGCCAACACUAAAGAGAUCUCUGUCCAACCAAAAGGGGGUUAAAAACUAGGGCCUGGCCAAGACCUGGAAAUCCACUUCAGCUCCAGGGAGAAGACAAAGGGAAAAAUUCCAAAACUAGAGGUGUUAGUAGAAACCAAAUCGCUGUAGUCCUAGGCGAAGGAGCAGGAGAAACCCCGCCUUCCCUCGCUCCCCUAUCCCGGGUGCUACCCCUGCUAGCCGCCUGCCUCUGGCCCCGCCUACCAUAGCCUCGCCCCUCCCACCUACUCUCGCCAACCAGUUGCCGCUUCGGCCACGUGGAGAGUAGUUUUCCUCCAGCCGCAAUUUCAGCGCCUGUCCUACCCACGCGCACAUUUGUCUUUCCCAGACGAGGUUAACGUCUCAUCUCGCACAGCUGUGCCUUCUGAGCCCUUCCCCUGGAGACAUUGUUCUCUGUGCCCCCCUUUGCUUCUGCUCUGUUAUCCUUCCUUGAUUCUCGUAGAGGAGCUUGGGAGUGCGCUCCCUGUUCCUAAAAGGACUCCAAACCGUAUUUCCGUUCUUCCAAGAGUUCACAACCAUCUGGUUCUGUCUGCAUUCCCUUCCUCAAGGUACUCUGUGGGGAAGGAGGACCCCAGUUCAAUGGGUUGCAUUACGGGCCACCUUGGUUUAAGGGAAGAUGAGUCGUCACAGCUUGCUUCAUGCCCUCGUCCCUCCAUGCUCCUCUUUCUGGAGAAGUUUCUGCCUUUUCUCUUAGUUGUCCUUACUUUCGAUGUCAAGACAGCACGGGGGAAGACCUGGGCCGGUUCCCCUCCCCACUGCCCUUUCUCAUGUGCCUACUGCUCUUCUUCCCAUUUAGAGCCAGAUGGCCAAGACUAAUGUCUUCUGAGAAGCCAGGAGAGAGCCCCAAACCUCAAAAGAUGGCCCAACCAGGUGGAUCCCAGAAGAAGGAGACUUCCAGAUCUGUUCCAGUGACAGAUCCCACCAGCCACAACAGUGAAAUCAACCAAAGAGAUCAGCAGUUUUCCGAUAUGCACCUGGCUGACCUACAGAAGGUGUUUGAGAAGGAGGCAGACGAGAAUGGAGCCCUGAAAAAGGAAGGCUUCAUCAGGAUCAUGAAGGGGGUGCUGAGCAGCAUGUCGGAAGAGAUGCUCGAGUUGCUGUUCUUGAAGGUGGACUCAGACUGCAAUGGCUUUGUCACUUGGCAGAAGUAUGUGGAUUAUAUGAUGCGUGAGUUCCAGGGCAAGGAGGAGAUGAGGAAGAGCCAGUAUCGCCUGCGCUUCCACCUUCCCAUGACUGUCAUCCCCCUGCACCAUGGGAGCGAGGUUGUAAAAGUGGCAUGUUUAACCAAACGGUUCAAAAAGAUGGGGCGUUUCCUGACUGUCACCAAAGAUGGGAUCCUGCAGUUCUGGUCUGAGACCUUCUCAAUGUUGGAAUCCUUCCACCUUUCCCAGUCCAAGCAGUACGGCCACCAGCAGAUGUGGGUUAUCGACGUGGCAUAUCUGCACAACAUGAGCCUCAUUGCAGUUGCCUCCACUGAGCUGAAGAUAGAAUUCUUUGAUAUUGGUGGCUACAAAUGUAUCCGGGCCUUCACCGUUAUUGAUCUGGAUAGCUGUGUCAUGGUCAUGGACUAUUGGACCGACUGUCACAAAGCUGUGUUCUGCUAUGGGGACACCAAGGGCAAUGCCACCAUCUUCAUCUCUGACAACGUGGCUGGUGGGCUGUUCAAUCCACAAAUCCUUCCCCGGGCCUCCAAAUGGGAUCACUGGUUCACUGUUUCCCUGAAGAAGCUCUUAAAUGAGAAGGCUCCUCUGUAUAGAAGCUUCCGCAUGAAGGGUCUCCACCCCAACUGGUGCCAGCAGGUCAAGUACAUCCCACAGCUGAAUGUCGUGGCCUCGUGUUCAGCCGUGGAGAAGUCCUCUCUGGUGCUGAUAAUACUGCCAGGCAAAGAACCCGAGAAACCCAGGUUAUCAUCACUGAAUUUAAGAAAAGGAAUUCUUUGCUUUGACUACUGUCCAGACAGGAACUUUCUGGCAACUGGUGGCUAUGACCCCCACAUCCGCCUGUGGAACCCCCUGGUCUCAAAAAAGCCUGUGUGGCUGAUGAAGGGACACCAGACAUCGGUGACACACCUCCUUGUGAACAGCAGGAAUGCCAGCAUCCUGAUCAGCAUUUCUAGGGACAAGAACAUUCGAGUGUGGGAUCUGCAGGAUUAUGUGUGCCUCCAGUCCUUCUGCGGAAAGCUCUUUCCCCUGGGCAACUGCCCCAUAACCAGCACCUACUUCUACAGGAGCAGCACCCUCAUCUGUAGCACCUACAAUAUUGGGAUCCUCAGAGGAUACCUGGAAUCCCAGGGCCCCCUGAAAACAGGGAGGAUGACGACUCACAACACACCCCUGUGUGCAGUCCUCUACAGCAAGAUCUUUAAGCAGGUGGUGAGUGGCUGCCUCCAGGGGCUAGUGAGUGUGUGGGACAUCAGCACGGGCAAGAAGAGGAUGGAGAUACCCGUGUCCGGCAUCCAGGAAAGUGAGCUGACGGCCAUGGCUCUGGACCAGUCGGAGAGGUGUCUGCUCACGGGCUUGCGUGACGGCACGAUGCAGAUGUGGAAUUACAACACCGGGGAGUGCCUGAUGACCUUUCCCAACCCGGACAGAGUGGAGAUUAGUGGGAUUGUCCACAUGAACAAAGUGUUCUACACGACCGGGUGGAGUAAGAGAAUCACCAAUUUCACCCAAGCUAGCCUUGAACUCCCUGUGCUGGUGACUUUGGAGUUUGAUCUUGCUUUCACCUCUCUGGUGAUGGGAUUACAGCCCUUACCACCAUGCCCAGUGUGUGGGAUCAAACCCAGGGCUAGGCAAGUACUCUAUCAACUGAGCUAUAUCUCCAUUAGGGUUUUCCCUAUAGCUCUCCUCUUUCCUGGCACGUGUCUCAGCGUUCUUCCAGCUUCUGUCUACCUGUUCCCUCAAAGUCACCUGCACAUUUUUAGAUAUCUGUUACAAGAGCACUCCAUUCCUCUGUGUAGUUUCUAUCUUAGUCACUUAGGCUGCUAUGGCAUCGUGGGGUCUUGUUGAGGGCCCCUUCCUCAUUUAUAAAGAAUCAUCAGCUGGGCAUGGUGGUG